AUGUGCCCGUCUGUGCCGCAGUUGACGACUCGCUCCGCGCUCGCCACAUACCCUCUCGACUCUUCCUUCUACCUGGUACACUUCUUCCGCUCUACGCCUUGCCGCCUCGUCUCCAACGUCCACCCACAUAGCGUCCGCACGGCCGUGUCACAGAUCUCGACUUCGUUCCUCACAAGCCGGGCGCUGAGCCGGGAGGCUAGCACCUCCAUAACGUCUGGCGCCGCCCCAUUCAAGUUCGCCAUGGGUUGGACACCCCGCUCCGAGUUGCUGCGCCAGGAGGGCGCAGAGCAAGUACCGAUGCUUCUUUGGUUGCGUGGGUUCUCCGGUGGAAUCAAGAAGAUCGGCGGCCACGAGUACGACAUCAUUGGCACAAUCAAGAAGCCUGACCACGACGCUUUCAGGAUCACCGAACAGCCCAUCCACAGGGCGCAAGCCCGCCUUCCUCUCCCACCGCGGGACGAAGACCCGAGCAGGGACGUGUACAUCCGCUCUGCCGGCUUCCCUGCCCACCUGUGCUCCUUCCCUGGGAGCGCGCGCGGUACUCAUACACGCAACGCUGCCCUCAUCCACGUGCGGAGCAGACAGCAGCGCGGCGGUCGCUCGGCGACCCCACCACCAAACUAUGGCCUCCCGUGCCUCAAGCACCGCCGACCGGCUCUCCAACAAAGGUUCAAUGCCGCUAACUUUGUCGCAUUUGUCGCCCUCCUCGCGUUUGUCGCCCUCCUCGCGUUUGUCGCCCUCCUCGCAUGUGUCGCAACUGACUGGCUCAGCCGUUCGCAAAAAACCCGAGACGCGGCGCUGCCCGCCGCCGGUACUAUUGUCCAGAAAACACUCGAGUCGAUACCUCCAUUGGUUGUGAAGACGGCGGACACGGGGAUUCGUGACAGCGUCGUGGACGCCAUCGAUGAUGCCGAGUCGCCAUGCUCAUGGGGGGCUGUAACGGAACGAUAUAACAAACAAAAUGGUCCUGCACAUGCGGAGUACGCGGAACAUCGCGUGCGCUUCGGCACAGCGGUCAUCAUUAGGCCAAACGAAUACGGCCUCGCGCCGGACAAGAACACGGACCAGCCUGUGCCCGUGUUGAACGGGAGGGGGCAGGCGGCGGGCGAAACGGCGCGGGAGCCAGACGGCGGCGCGCGUGAUGCCACGUCCGCCCCUGGGACGGCCUCAUCGUCCUCGUCACUCCGCGUCCAGAUCCCGUCAGUGGAUGACGGCGGCGGCGCGGGUGGCGGCGCCCUCCCGAGUCCCCACCCGGGUGGCGUGCUCGAUGAGGUCUGCGAGAGGACUAGGAGACGGAUAAAGAGGGACUCCAAGGCUGGGUUCACGGUGCACUUCGCGAGCGCAGGCCCACGCCCAGGCGACGUCGGCGAGCUGAACGUCAGGGACGGCAGCAAGGAGACCGUGCUUGCGCUCCUGAGCAUGCUGUGCACUACGUGCACAGUGCGCGCGCGAUGUACGUACUACGCGGUGCUCGCCACGCUCAUUGUCGCGCACCUCGUCUUCAACAUGCUUACGGUGCGCGUCAUCGCAUGGAAGGUGUUUCGCGCUAGCCUCGACAAGGACGGCACACCACAAAGCGGCACGCUGCCCACCGUCCCCGGGCACGCGGGCACGCGCUGCGCGCUCGCCGUGCCCUUCCGCGCGUUCUUCUUACCUGGGAGCCUGUCGGACGCGCAGAUCGCGCGCGUGCUCGCCGCGUUCACGCGCGACUGGUACGUGCUGUGGCCUGCGCCCACGGGGCUCGGGUCGGGGCUGGGGAUGCCACGCUCUGGUGAUGGUGAGUUGGUGGUAGGUGGCGAGGUGGGAUGGUGA